AUCAUCGGAAGCAACAGAUUUGGCUUUAUAAACUCGAUCCAUCUGGUUCCAGGCCUUUUUAGACCAGUCGAAAUGGAAUGCAUUGAGGUGCUGAAUGAUGAUUGUUUACUUAAAAUUGUAGAGUACCUGGAUCUGGAGGAGCAACUGCAGCUGUGGCAAAGUGCCGAUUCCAACUCCCGCCUGAGAUCGGUGAUUUCGUACGCCUGGCAGCACCGGACCGAGCACGCAUUGGACCAGGACACGUUCGGCGGAAAAAGAGGACUUCUCGACGUAUUCCUUUAUAGCAUCCGCUGCACUCUGACGGAACUCACCCUCAAGUACCUGACCACGGAUCAACUGGAUCGGUGGAGGUACUUCACAUUCCCAAACUGUCGGGAGUUGACCUACAUGGCGGAUGAGGACAGCGAAAUCGAGGGAGACUCCGAUAUCGCUAUCCUGGUGUACUGCUUUCCGCAUCUGGAAGCCAUCGGGCUGAGCGGAAACUGCAGUGGCCAGCACAUUAGCCGAUGGACGAACCUGAGGCGCUUAGACCUCCAGCUGUGCUGGUACCUGAGCACCCAGUGCUUCGAGGACAUCUGCCAGAGUCUCCGACUCCAGUCCCUGAGCAUCCAGUGGCACAAAGCCGAAGAGGAUGCCUACGUGCGGGCCAUCUGCCAGCUGCAGGAACUGGAGGAGCUGGAGCUGGACAUAGUCAACCUGUCGCCCGAAAACACCCGCAAGAUAAUGCUCCUGCCCAAGUUAAAGAAGCUCCGUCUGCACAACUUUGAGCUGCUGGACGAAGUGUUGGCGGAUAUUGGACGUCAAAGAGGUCAAGAUGUGGUGACGGCCGUCUUCAGCGAUAAUAUCUGGAUGAGAAGCACUGAAAUACUCGGAAAGUUCCGUGGUAUCCGUUGUCUGACACUCGUCGACGAUGAGGGAUGUUGCGCCGUCGACUUCCGCACAAUAAUCAGCUGCUUUCCCCUUUUGGAGCAACUGCAUCUGGAGAACACACGGAUCUGGGCAAACGCCGACGGUAUUUGGGACGUUGUGCUGGCCUGUCCACGUCUCAAGGUUUUCAGUAUGUCCAAUCAGACACUAUACGACGAAUUCUUUGCUUUUACCAAGGCAACCAUGAACCGAGCCUUAAACCAACGGAUGGAGCCUUUAUGCAUGCACUUUUACAAAACCGGAAAGGAAACUUUGAUAUCCCAGCAUUUUAGACAUCCAAAACUUCAUGUUUCCUUCAAUGCCACGAACAGUGUUUAUUCACAAAUACCUGGCGAGUCUAUAGAGCUGGAGCUCUUACCACAAGAGUCGUGAUUUGUCUAAAAGACUAAUUUGUUUUAUUAAAAAAUUUCAAAUAUGAUUGUUAAACAAAGAGGCUAACUAUAUUGUUAUUAUAGGUAACUUCUUAGGGUUUCUAUUCUUAUAGAAAUAAAUUGUGCAAUUGUGCCUUGACUGUAUAUAAACUAUAAAAAUUUGUUUAAUAAAACUAAGCCCAGCCCGAUAGUAAAUAAUCCCAAGGUAUAAACAGCAA